AAGACGGAUGUUGAAACAAAAUCUACUGACGAUGAAGAACCUUUGCUUCGGGAUCAUCUCGAACGGUUCGUGACAUUUCCAAUUGAGUUUAAGGAUAUUUGGGACAUGUAUAAAAAAGCAGAAGCUUCUUUUUGGACCGUCGAAGAAAUCGAUUUAUCGCAAGAUGUAGCGGAUUGGGAAAGCAAAUUAAAACCCGAAGAAAGAUAUUUCAUUUCACACGUGUUGGCUUUUUUUGCGGGGAGUGAUGGAAUCGUCGUGGAAAAUUUAGUAGAGCAGUUUACGCGACAAGUCAAAGUCACGGAAGCAAGACAUUUUUAUUGCUUUCAGAGCAUGAUUGAAAACAUUCAUUCGGAAAUGUACGGUAUGUUGAUCGAAACCUUUAUUCGCGACCCCGCAGAAAAAUUGAAAUUGUUCCGGACCAUAGAAACUUUAGAUUGUGUUAAAAAAAAAGACGAAUGGGCUUUAAGGUGGAUUCGAGAUUCAUCGUGCAAUUUCGGCAAGCGAUUGGUAGCAUUUGCCGCGGUAGAAGGAAUUUUCUUUUCGGGAUCUUUCGCGGCAAUUUUUUGGUUAAAAAAACGUGGUCUUAUGCCCGGAUUAGGUUUUAGUAACGAAUUAAUUAGUUGGGAUGAAGGAUUGCAUUGUGAUUUCGCCUGUCUUCUUUUAAAUCGAUACGUUAAACAUCGACCGGAUUCAAAAACGAUUUAUCGAAUUAUUUCGGAUGCAGUGCAGAUUGAACAAGAAUUUUUAACGCAAGCGUUACCUGUUUCUUUAAUCGGUCUGAACGUAAAGCUAAUGAAAGAGUAUAUCGAAUUUGUAGCUGACCGAUUACUGUCGGAAUUAGGAUGCGAUGAGGAAUACAGAUACGGUGCAGAAAAUCCGUUUGAUUUUAUGGAAAAUAUAAGUUUGGAAGGUAAAACAAAUUUUUUUUCGAGAAACGAGUAG